AUUUUAACUGCGCUUGAAGUUCUCGGUUAUAAAGUUGUUGCCUCAUCGAGCACUAGUGUCAAACAAGACUAUAAUGAGUACAUGUGGACUAUGAGAAAAGACUUUGCCGAGCCUGAACCUGAACCUCCCAUAAAAUCUGUUUCAGGUAGAUUGAGAUGGCGCAUUGUGGUGAAGCGCAUUCUUGCUCAGCUGCGGAAUCGUCGUCAGUUCGGCAAACGCUAGAAGAAAUGGAUUUUGAACGAGGCAUUUGGAGUGCAGCUCAACAAAAUGAUCUUGAUCGUAUCGAUUUUCUUUUGAAAAAAGGAGUCCCUGUGAAUGGAGAAGAUGUGGCUGGCUACACUGCGUUGCAUUAUGCAGCAAGAAACGGUCACCACCUUGUCUGUGAAAAACUGUUAGAAAAUGGAGCCAGAGUGAAUGCAAAAACAAGAUCUGGACAAGCAACUGCAUUGCACAGGGCAGCGAGCCAGGGUCACCUAAAUAUUGUUGAAUUGCUUUUGAUGGCUAGAGCAAAUCCGAAUAUUCAAGAUUCAGAUGGCUGCUUAGCUCUUCAUCGCGCGAUCAAAGCACAUGACGUUAGGGUAUGCAAAGUUUUAAUCCCUCUAACAGAUCUUGGACUUGUCGAUAGUGGAGGAAGAACACCUUUAGAUUUAGCUAAGGAUAAGGGAAUUGAGGAGAUUGUUGAUUUACUACAAAAGAGUCGCUAGAUUUUUAUCUAAAUUGGAAGUUGCACGCUGCAGAUACAGCAAGUUAAUCAUUUCAGGAGGAACACGGUCAAUUUUUUGACCAAAGGAAUUCAACCAUGUUAUCUGAUUUAACAUUGUACUAUUAUGUAAGCCUGAUCCAUGAACGAUUUAAAAUAAACCUUUUAUCACCC